GACGAUGUUUGGUUCCAGUGGCGUCAGCGGGUCCCUCCUGAAGGGACUCGGUGUCCCUCCUGUUGUUCCAUUCAUCCGACGUAGACGGUUCAAAGCGUCGGUAACAAACAAGGUUGAAAUGACUCAUUUGCUGCAGCUGUGAACACUGAAAUAGAUUUGAACACGUCGGCCUGCUCUACCAAAUAAAUGGAUUUUAGACUGUUCAAACACACAACCUCGUUGCGCUAUAAACCCGAUUUGGCUGCACAGGUCAUCUGUGGGUCGAGGGGCGCCGUUCUUUUAAAUCACGUUGCUUUUGAACAUCUGUGACUGAGAACCCUUUUUAGAACUCUGCAGAGGCUUAAAAACCACUUCUUCUGACCUGAACUUGUCCCUCCCUCCUGUAGACCCCUGUCUCAUAGUGACGCCGCCAUGCAUGGGCGACGAGGACCGCUUCAGCCUGGAGGGCCUGCGGCACAUCCACAAGCAGCUGGACGACGACAACGACGGGGGCAUAGAGGUCAACGAGAGCGUGGAGUUUAUAAUCGAAGACAUGAAGCAGCAGCAGACCAACAAACACAGCAACCUGCACCGCGAAGACCAGCACAUCACGGUGGAGGAGCUGUGGAAGGGCUGGAAGGCCUCCGAAGUGCACAACUGGACCGUGGACGACGCGGUGCAGUGGCUGAAGGAGUCCGUGGAGCUGCCGCAGUACGAGAAGAACUUCAGAGACUUCCGGGUCACGGGGAACACUUUACCUCGAAUGGCGGCAAAUGAACCGUCGUUCAUGUCCAUGCAGUUGAAGAUACUGGACCAGCGGCAUAAACAGAAGUUAAACCUAAAGGCACUCGAUGCAGUGCUUUUUGGCCCUCCUCUCCGUGCACAGCAUAACUGGAUGAAAGACUUCAUCCUGAUGGUUUCCAUAGUGAUCGGUGUCGGGGGCUGCUGGUUCGCGUACGUGCAGAACAAGUCCAGCAAGGUGCACAUGUCCCAGAUGAUGAGAGACCUGGAGAGCCUGCAGAACGCCGAGCAGAGCCUCCUCGACCUGCAGAGCCGGCUGGAAAAGGCUCAGGAGGAGAACCGCACCGUUGCCGUGGAGAAGCAGAACCUUGAGCAGAAGAUGAGGGAUGAGAUCAACGGCGCCAAAACGGAGGCCCACCGGCUCCGGGAGCUGCGAGAGGGCGCCGAGUGCGAGCUCAGCCGGCUGAAAUACGCCGAGGAGGAGCUGGUGCAGGUGCGUAAGGCCUUGAAGCGGGCGGAGAAGGAGAUGCAGUCGGAGCGCUCGGUGCCCGAAGCGCUCCAGAAGUGGCUGCAGCUCACACACGAGGUGGAGGUCCAGUACUACAACAUCAAGAAGCAGAACGCAGAGUUUCAGCUCUGCAUCGCCAAAGAUGAGGCAGAGAAAAUAAAGAAGAAAAGAGGUUCUGUGUUUGGAACCCUUCACGUAGCCCACAGCUCGUCCCUGGACGAGGUGGACCACAAGAUACUGGAAGCAAAGAAAGCCCUGUCGGAGGUGACGGCGUGCCUGAGGGAGCGGCUGCACCGCUGGCAGCAGAUCGAGAAGCUCUGCAACUUCCCCGUGGUCAGCAACUCGGGGCUCCCCAGCCUGACGGCGAGCCUCUACUCGGACCACAGCUGGGUGGUGAUGCCGCGGGUCUCGGUGCCGCCGUACCCCAUCGCCGGGGGGGUGGACGACCUGGACGAGGACACGCCCCCCAUCAUCCCGCAGUUCACCACGGCCACGUUGAUCCGGCCCUCGCUGACGCGCAACAGCAGCCUGUGCCGCUCCCGCCGCAGCCUGCUGAGCUCGCCGCAGACCUCGCUGAUGUCCGCCGACCCCGACCUGCUGUCCAUGGCCGGCUCGUCCCUCUCCUAUCGCGCCGAGGCCGACGACGAACAUAUCAUGUUCAGCUCGGAUAGGAGGGGGUAUGUAGCGGUGGCCGGGACGCCGCGGAAUGGUUUUACAGUUUGGACUCACAGGGAACCGUCUCAGGAUGGCGGCGCCGACGCGGACUGCCUCAACGCGUCCCUGGGCCGCAAGCAGCUGCACAGCCCCUGCACGCCGGCCUCGGACGCCCCGUACCGCAGGAUCUCCCGCGAGGAGCUGAUGCUGUUUACCCAGAGUUCCGAGCUCCCCGCGUCCACCCCGGCCACGCCCACAACGCACAGCAGCAGCAGCAGCAGCCUCAGGGACUCCACGCCUCCUCCUCCGCCUGCUCCUCUCCCGCCCGCCGCCUCCCCUUCCGGCCCGCCCUCCACCUCGCCCUCCCCGGCCUCGGAGCGCCGCCCGUUUGCACACAAAGGCUCGCCCGACCUCACCCGCGCCAUCCCCGAGUCCCAGAGCUUGACCUUCUCCCAGGGGAGCGCCACCCCCGCGUCGGGCAAGGGCGCGUACAACGGCGUCCUGGAGAAGUCCUACAGCUUCGGCCAGCUGCCCGCCGGCAUGCUGCCCCACGUGGGCCGCCACCCGUCCCUCACCUCCCUGGACUCGGAGGGCCGCAGCGUGGGGAGGGAACACAAGCUCCAGAGCACCUCCUCCCAGGACUCCAGCGACAAUGGAGAGAAAAUCAAGCGCUCCUCCUCUAAAAUCAAAAGCUUAUUUAAAAAGAAAAAAUAAUAAUACCGCGGUAGCAGGAAAUCAAAUAUAAAGAGUUGUUUUAGCCCUAAUACUAAAAAAUGGACAUCACUGUAAAAACACUGCUAAAACAUUUCCUCUUCGUGUUUUCUUCUUCUUUUGUCAUCAAAGAUGGAUGUAGCGCAGUCUGGGUGCCUUUAAGCUGCUCAGGCUGGUAGCCUUACUUUUCAAUAAUGCCUUUUAUUUAGUUCACUCAUCGCCUCGCAGGGAAACCCGCAAGGGGUCAAGGAAAGGUCAAAGGUCACGAUAUUUGUCAUCCAGGCACUCUCCCCCUUCCACCUCCCCAAAAAAACAAUGACCUCUCCAUCUACGUCUUGGUUUUGAACCAAAAAAAAAAAAAAAAAGUCCUGUUCCUACUGAGCGCGCUCACGUAGCGUCCGGGGCGUGGUCAUCAGAUCGUUACGACUACGCCACGCCGUUCAGACGACGCGCCGCAGUCAAAGAUUCAGGCGCAAUCCGGCCACAAGUUUGUUGCACUACUGCUUUCCCCGAGUCUUUGCUGGCGGACUCCGUGUGGAAUAAAGUUCUAGAGGCGAGAGGGAUGCGUGUCCAGCGCCGGUGGAGACGCGGCACAUGGCGCCCGGAGCCAAAAUGAUGUGAUGCGUCUCCAAUGCUGCUGCUUAUGGAUCCCUCUAUAUAUCUAUAUCUAUAUAUAAAUAUAGAUAUUUAUACUUUGUUUUCACGUUCUAAUGUUUCUAAAAUGAUGGGUUGGUUGGGAUUGCUAACGUGAUAACUGAUCUUUACUGGAGAAAGUUUAUUGAAUAUGCAGAUAUAACCCAGACCAACUAACCUUCCCCACUGUACUAACACACCCGAAGCAUUUGUCUUAAAUAGCCUGCCCCCCCCCCCC